GAAGAGGAGGAGGAGGAAGGUCAGAAGAAGAAGAGGAAGAAGAAGGCGAAGAAGAAGAGGAGGAGGAGGAAGGUCACAAGAAGAAGAAGAAGAGGGUUUGUUUACACUUCCCCGGCAUGGCUGCUUCCGUUCUUCCUCGCACAGGGCUGUUGAGGUGGUCAGCCAGAUGGAAGGAGCUCUCAUCGGCUGCCAUGACCAGGAGUUUCUCUAAUAGAUCACAAAAUCCAAGGGAAAGCAGUCCAGUGUUUCCACCUGACCCACAAGAGAAAAGAGCUAAUAGAGUGAAGUCUGUAGGAAGUUUCAAAACCUCCAUGGGGGCAUUUGGGCCUCUUGUGGAUGGGCCUGACUACACAUUUUUGGAUGGCCGUCCCACUCCUCUCAGGAAAGGUCAGCAGAAAAGGGCCAAAUCUCAGCGGGAAGCAGCAGCCAAGGUGCUUCAGCUUAUGAAGGAAACACAGUUUGCCAUCCAAAUGGAACAGCAGCAACGGCAAGAACAACAGCAAACAAAACAGAAGCUUUUAGAGACAAAACUCAAGCCCAAAGGGCACAAAAUGCUGCAGGAUUAGAAAACAUGGUGUAGCUUAUAGUUUUUAUACAUGUACAUAAGUCUUUAAUUUUUUUCCACUGUAAAUACUCUAUGUAAUUAAGUACUUCAAUGAAUGUAAUGGUAUGAAUAUUACUUAACUUACAGUAUGUGAAAUAGUAUUAUUAUCCAUGGCUACCAGGGUUGCUAGAUUGGUCCUUUUGAGGCUAAAAUCCUAAAGAUUUUCUGAAAGCAUUUGGCCUAAAUAAAUUCACUUUUGUCUGAAUUGCAAAAUCUGGCUUGCCACAUGCCCAUGUACUCAUGCUGAAUGAGUCCAUAACACACUGGACUAAGCCAAAAACUUCUUUUUCUUCAAAUAAAUUGAUUUGUUA